AUGAACACCUCAGGCUCCUCCUACGAGAGCCUGAUCAACAUCACCAACCCCGUCGACCCAUGGAUCAACUACACCGCCGAAUACCAAGAUGCCUGGGACAAAUGGACAGACCUCAUCCAAGACCGAGCGGUCGUAGUCACUCUCUUGCUCCUCUUUUCUUUGUGCACAGUAUUCGGCAAUAUGCUGGUCAUACUAGCUGUCAUCAGAGAGAGGUAUCUCCACACCCCCACGAAUUACUUCAUCACUUCUCUGGCUGUAGCUGAUUGCCUAGUGGGGCUCGUCGUCAUGCCUUUCAGUGCGCUGUACGAGGUCCUAGGCCACACCUGGUUCUUCGGCUCCGAUUGGUGUGACAUCUGGAGAAGCUUAGACGUCCUCUUCAGCACAGCUUCGAUCCUGAAUUUGUGCGUUAUAUCCCUCGACCGCUAUUGGGCCAUCACAGACCCCAUAGCAUACCCCAUGCGGAUGACGCGGGUGAGGUCCAUGUUCCUCAUAGCUGCAGUUUGGAUCUGCAGCAGUGCCAUCUCCUUUCCUGCCAUAGGCUGGUGGAGAGCAGUUAGAAACGCUCCUAUACCUGCUUUCCAAUGUCCAUUCACCGAACAUCUAGGCUACCUGAUCUUUUCUUCGACUAUCUCCUUUUACCUUCCGUUGUUCGUGAUGCUGUUCACUUACUUCAGGAUUUAUAGAGCUGCCGCAGCUCAGACCAGGUCCUUGAGGCUUGGCACCAAGCAGAUUCUCUUGGGUUCUGGGGAGCUGGAGCUGACUCUGAGGAUACACAGAGGGGGAACUUGCAAGGCGCCUGAGAGGCUUUAUUCCACGCAGGAAGAUGAGCCUCUGACAGCUCUGCAGAAUGACGGGUUGGCUCGAAUGGCUUCCAGUAGACUCAACUCGCAUAGCAAGAACUUUUCGCUCAGUAGGAAGUUGGCUAAGUUUGCGAAGGAAAAAAAGGCGGCUAAGACUUUGGGUAUCGUGAUGGGGGUUUUUGUGAUUUGUUGGUUGCCUUUUUUCGUGGUGAACCUGUUGUCGGGAUUCUGCUUGCAGUGUAUUAGUAACGAGAAGGUUGUGUUGGCUGUCGUAACUUGGUUGGGGUGGGUCAACUCUAGCAUGAAUCCUGUUAUCUAUGCUUGUUGGAGCAGGGAUUUUAGAAGGUGA